UGACGCAAAGGAUUGGCGACUGGCAUCAGUUUUAUUAUUGGUAGUUUCAGGAUUUUUAGCCAGUAGCUCUAGAAUUAUCACAGUAAGCUUUCGAAGCUGUGUUUUACGACGCUAAAGCUACAUACUGCCCCCAAAACACCAGGUUUCUUAUCGGCGGUAUCCGGAAUAAAUGGACUAGUGUGUUUGUAGACACAAACAGCAGCCAUGUUUCACAUCAGUUCACAGAGAAAAUACUGGAUUUUUAAAAGUGACGAUGAACUGGAGCAAUUGAGACAAAAGGCCAAUCAGAAAUUCCGUAACAAGAUACACGAAAGUGGAAAGACUGGAGUGAGUGCGUCCAGCUUCCUGGAGCGUCAUGAGGAGGACGUUUUGUUCAAACACUAUGAGAGGAGGCUGCUGGACUUCUGCAACGCCUUCAAGCCUGUAAUGCCGAAAUCUGUUGUGGGUACAGCCAUCAUGUACUUCAGGAGAUUCUAUCUGAACAACUCUAUUAUGGAGUACCACCCAAGGAUUAUCAUGCUGAUCUGUGCAUACCUGUCCUGUAAAGUGGAGGAGUUCAACGUUUCCAGCACCCAGUUUGUGGGCAACCUUCUGCAGGAGACCCCAGCAGGGCAGGAAAGGGUUCUCGAGCAGAUCCUGGAGUAUGAGCUGCCGCUGAUCCAACAGCUCAACUUUCAUCUGGUGGUCCACACCCCCUACAGACCCAUGGAAGGCCUGCUCAUCGACAUCAAGACAAGAUACCCCAUGCUAGAGAACCCAGAGUCACUCAGGAAGAGUGCUGAUGACUUUCUAACACAGGCAACCAUGACAGAUGCCGGUCUGCUGUUUCCCCCCUCUCAGAUCGCUCUAACAGCUAUUCUGAACAGUUCAUCAAGAGCCGGUCUCAGCAUGGAGAGCUACCUAACUGAGUGUUUGGGGCUGAGAGGGGACAAAGAGAGUCUUUCAAAGAUGUACGAGUCAAUGAGACGGAUGAAAACCCUCCUGAAGAAAUACGAGCUACCCAAAGCAGAGGAGGUGAAUGUUUACAAACAGAAGCUGGAGAGGAUUCAUGCUGAAUUCAGUCCAAGCAACAAACGAAAGCGAGGGUAUGAAGAAGAUGGUCAUGUGGCAAAAGAAGCCCGUUUGGAGGAAGAGGUAUGGACUGAUGAAGACCUGAUGUGAGCGUUUAUGCCCUAAUACUUUUGGAUUUACACAAAGAUUUAAGUUACUAUGCUGCUUAAUUCCAGUAUUCAACCAUCAAGGUCGUAGUUUGCAUAAGUGUACAUGUUGUAUUUACUUUUCUACAGAUGAUUGUACACGCUUGUGAUGCCUUUGUUCUGCAAGAAUAAAGAUAUUUUUCUACA